AUGGGAUUCACGCAAUCGGUUGUAACCACACUCGGGGCAGUCUUAAAACAACGGGACAUUAACAUAGCACACAGAACCCUUAAGAACUUUGUAAAAGAGGCGGAUCGGGUGGCUCCCUGGUACGCAUGUUCAGGGUCCCUCACAGUUGCAUCAUGGAAUAAGUUAGGCAAAGAUCUUGAUCGCCACCUAGCGAACAAUGACUUGAGAUUGGGCACCAAGGCAAUCUGGAAACUUGUUAAGAACUGCUUAGAAGAUGAUAAUUGCAAAAGGGCGGUUGAUGAAGGACAGGUCGCCCUCGAGGAAGUUCAGGACAGCAUGUCAGAAACCGAAAACAGUGAGAGGUUGGGUGCGCGCAAGAAAAAGGAUACCCAUAAAAACAAAAAAGCUAAGGACCCUCCAAAAAAAGGAGAAAGACCACAUGGACUCUAUCCUGUAAAGGAGCUAAAAGCACUGAACCUCGACAGUUCUGAGAGCUCCAGCCCCAGUACCUCUGACGCAGAGACUCUUGAUUCAGAGGAGGAGGCUGAACUAGAUGAAGAAGCGGCCAAAUAUGAGGAGGAGAGAUACUAUCCAGAUGAGCGAGGGAUAAAUAAAAAACUCCCUCGCACCUCUCAUCCUCGAACAGUGCCUACUGCACCUCCGCCUUACGAGGCACGAUCUCCAAAUUUUUCUUUUGUGCCAGAUAAGGUUAGAAAAAAGAUUCAAAUGACCUUUCCUGUUUUCAAAACAGAAAAUGGAGGAAGAAUGCAUGUGCCCGUAGAUUACAAUCAAUUAAAAGAAUUGGCUGAAUCAGUCCGCAAAUAUGGAGUUAAUGCAAAUUUUACUUUGGUGCAAUUAGAUAGACUUGCCAAUAAUGCGUUAACUCCUGUUGAUUGGCCAAUGGUGGCAAAGGCCGCCCUCCCAAAUAUGGGUCAAUGCAUGGAAUGGAGAGCCCUCUGGUUUGAGGCUGCCCAAACACAAGCUGGAGCAAAUGCCUAUGCUCUUACCCCUGAACAGAGAGAUUGGACCUUUGAUCUGUUGACAGGCCAAGGACGCUUUACCGCAGACCAAACAAAUUAUCAUUGGGGAGCUUAUGUUCAAAUUUCUCAAACGGCCAUUAAGGCCUGGAAGGCGUUAUCUCGUAAAGGAGAGGCCAAUAGGCAGCUUACAAAGAUUGUACAAGGACCUCAAGAGUCAUUUUCAGGUUUUGUGGCCAGAAUGACGGAGGCCGCAGGGCGCAUUUUUGGAGAUAUAGAACAAGUUGAACCUUUUAUUGAACAGCUGAUAUUUGAACAAGCUACUCAAGAAUGUAGGGCAGCCAUAGCCCCCAGAAAGAACAAGGGAUUACAAGAUUGGCUCAGAGUGUGCAGAGACCUCGGAGGACCGCUUACCAAUGCGGGACUAGCGGCUGCUAUCCUCCAAUCUCAAAAACGUCCAGAUGGUAAGACCAACCAGAGGACUUGCUAUAACUGUGGCAAACCUGGACAUUUUAAAAAAGAUUGCAAAAAUUCAAAUAGGAGGGGGGAAACACCGACCCUCUGCAAACAUUGUGGCAAAGGAUAUCAUAAAGCUAGUCAAUGCCGCUCAGUGAGAGACGUCCAGUGGAGACUCCAU